AUGUGGUUUAACAUUUGUCUUCUUGUGGCGGUCUUCGCGGCGCGCUGCGAAGGAGGGACAGUGCCGAAUAGUAAACAGAAGUUAAUAUUUGGUGGGUCACCUCUCAAGAUAACGCAGGCUCCAUACAUGGCGCAAUAUGUCUCGGGAGUCUUUAUGUGCGGCGCCAGCAUUAUUCACCAAAAAUUCGCUAUUAGUGCAUCACACUGUUAUAUGCCAGAAGGAAAACAAUACAUAUUAGUAGGUUCAGAUAAAAUGACAGAAGGGGAACGGUAUGACAUACAAAAGACUGUCGACCAUCCAGAAAAUAAAAAGGACUUAAAGAUCGAUGCAGUUGUGUUAAUGUUAAGCAAACCAUUGCAAUUCAGUGAUAGAGUGCAACCUAUACAGUUGGCGCCACAAAACUUGGAUUUAAAAUCCGGUGACGAAUUGAUGUCUGUGGGCUUUGGACAGACGGAGAAGUCACUAUAUACACGAAUUUUACUGAGCGUGAAGUUGCCGUACGUCACAAAUAAGGAUUGCAGUAAAGGAGUCCCAGUCGUUGAAACAAAGUUGUGCGCAGGAGGAGUCGAGGGAGAGAGUCCGUGUAGUGGCGACAGUGGCGGUCCAUUGGUCUAUAACGACUUUCUAGUCGGAAUAGCAUCGCAUUUACACAAGGCCGAGGGGAAAUGUGGAGGAAAGCUCCCUGUACUGUUUACUCGGGUGUCAGCGAUCCGGAACUUCAUUGAUACAACUAUAGAUCAAUUAAAUGUAGAAAACAAAAAGCUGAUAUAUGGCGGUUCUCUUUACAAAAUAUCGCAGGCCCCAUACAUGGCGCAAUACUUCGCGUGGGAUAGAUGUGUCUGUGGCGCCGUUAUUGUUCAUCGAAAUUUUCUUAUUUCUGCAGCACAUUGCUAUAUACCUUCAGUAAAACAAUAUAUCAAAGUAGGUUCUGAUAAACUAAACAAGGGACUACGGUAUGAUAUAGAAAAGACAGUCCUGCAUCCGGAAUAUAAUUCGACGACCGAUAAUUAUGAUGUGGCCGUAAUAUUCUUGAUGAGAAAAUUGCGAUUUAAUAAUCGAGUGUUUCCUAUAAAGAUGGCGCCUCAAGAUUUGUCGUUAAAAGAUAAUGAAACAUUGAUGGUUGUGGGUUUUGGUAAAACUGAGGAAUUAAAACAAGCGUCGAAUUUACUUAGCGUAAAGGUACCAUAUAUUAAAAACGAAAAUUGUAAUAAAGUAAUGACAAAAUCAAAUUUGUUUAAUGUCACUGAAGCCAUGAUGUGCGCUGGAGGAGUUAAAGGAGAGGAUGCGUGUGAAGGCGACAGUGGUGGUCCGGUGGUUCAUAAUAACUUACUAGUGGGUAUAGUAUCAUUUGGAUACGGGUGUGGAUCGGAAAUCCCAGGAGUCUACACUCGAAUCUCAGCUUCUCGGCCCUUCAUUGAUACAAAUAUGAAUGAUUUAAUUAAAUCUUACAAAAGAGGAAAGCUUGCUUCAUCG